AUGAACUACGAUGUUAGGACUAUUGGCGAUUAUGAAGUGCAUUUUGUUAAUUGUAUUGGAUAAGGAAGUUAUGGAAAAGUUUACGAGGGAAGAAUAAUCAGUUAGAAUAGAAAAAUAUGUGCCAAGGUUUUACAUAUGACAGAAGAGAAAAGAGAAAUGUUUCAAAGAGAAGUCAAAACCCUAGAGGAAAUUAAGAAAGUUACUCAUCCUAACAUUCUCAAAAUAUAUCAUAUAGCAGAGUAGAAUUAAAAAAUAUAUAUUUUCAUGGAAAAAUGUAUAGAGACUCUUGAAUAAAAAAUGAAAUCCCUGAAAGAUUAGAAUCAAUCAUUUUCAGCUGAUUAAGUGCUCCUAAUUGCAAAAUAAAUUUGCAGAGGAUAUAAUGAAUUAAGAAAGAAAAAUAUAAUUCACAGAGAUAUAAAGCCUGAUAAUAUUUUAAUAGGAGAGGAUGGAUAAUAUAAAAUUAGCGAUUAUGGGUUGAGUAAGACUUAAAAUGAUAUUGAAUCCAUAUUGAAACAAACUUAAUUAGGAACACCUUUAUUUGUAUCACCAUAAGUAUUUAAAGGGGAAUAUUCUAAUAAAGCAGAUCUCUUUAGUCUUGGAUUGACUAUUUAUUACAUUACUUUCUAAGAACCUAUAUUCAAAAUAAAAACCUUAGGGGAAUUAUCCAAUGAACUCAACAAAAUUAAAAAGGGAUUGAAACUACCAUAAAUCAAAAAUCAGGGAGAUUUAAAUUCAAAGAAAUAUUUAGAAGACUUUUUGAAAAAAACAAUUGCAUAUGAGGAAGAUGAGAGAGUAAGUUGGGAUGAAUUGUCUAGAUAUUUAGAUCAAAUUAAUAUAAAUUCAUCAAUCAGUAAAGCACCACCCGAACAAGAUGGUAAUAAAAACAUAGAUACUUUGGGAAUUAAUUUACAAAGAGUGAGGCAAAGAGAUACUGAUUCUGUCAUUUAUUCUAUUAAACCUGCCUAGUAGGAAAAAACAUAAACUCAAGAAUAAUAGCCACUGGAACCUGUAAGGUUUAUGAAAAACACUAAUUAAGAUUCUCGAAAUAUCAAUUAAGGAUUCUAAUAAGACUCAUAGAUCAAAUAAAAUUAAGAUUACAAUAAUCGUUAAAUCUCAAAUUAUAAUUAAACUAUAGAUAAUCGUUAAGUUCCACAAUAUUUAGAUACUCAACUCAUCCAUCAAUAGAUAAAUCUUAUUAAAGUAUAAGAUACUCCAAAAGAUUUUAUUAAUUCAGACGUUUGCGAUUCUUAGUUUGAUUAAUCCAAAUAAAAUAAUUCUUAAAAACAAAAUAAUAAUCCUAAUAUUAUCAAGCAAACUACAAGUAAUUCAUAAUACAGUUAAGAAAUAAUAUUCCGGAGAGAUUUCCAAGAAAAUUAAAAUUCUAGGGUUGCUCCUCAAAAUAACAAUGAUGAAGGAUUAAAAAUAGGAUGUGACAAUGAUUCAUAGAACUCUGCAAAUCAGGUACAAAAAUAAUUUAUUUUCAAUAACCCUGAUUAAUCGCAGAAUUAAAUACAUUAAGUUAUCUAACUUGAGAGAAAAAGUGAUUAGAAAGAUUUUUAUAUAAAAAAUGAUGAAGACGCUUCAGAAUCCAUAAUUAAUUUUAACAAUAUAGAUCCCUAUUAAGAUGAAAAUUAAUUUUAAAUCUAAAAUGAGUUAUUAGUCUCAAAGUAGAAUAAUUAAAAAUUUGAUGAAUAUAACUGCCAUGCCAUAAACUAUAAUACAAAUGGGAAAAAUAAUCAAUUUUAUGAUCAUGAUGAUUAAUUAUCUCUUAAUCAGAUAGACUCUUAAAGUGAGGUGAUUUCAGAUUCUUAUAAAUUAUCAGAGACAACCUAAAGGGAAUACUUAAACACUUAAAAUAACCUUAAGUAAACUUCAGAUUCAUUAUUAUUUCAAAACUAAGAAACUUUCAAUUAAGGUUUAAAAGUCAAAAAUUCCAUACGUUCUUAAUUUCGAGCCUAGUAACCUAAUCAAAUUACUUAAAUUAAAUUUUCCUCCACAAAUAAGAUUUAAUCAACCUGUGCUUCAGAUAUGAUACCUUAAAAUAAAAUCAAUAAUUAGACAACUAAUUUAGCCUAAUUUAAAAAUGUAAAAUAAAAUUAAUAAGCUUAAUAUGAAUAAUAGGUAGGACUGAAGAAAAAAUAAGAAAUUUAACCUUAGGAUCUAUAGAAAGAUAGAGGCUUUUAAAAAUAAAUCCAAAGUCCUAAUAAAUAAGGAAAUAAUACUUCAUAUUAAUACAACUAAUCAAAAACAUAGGAAUUUUAGAAUUAAAAUGCUGUCUAAAAAAUCGAACUCCAAAACAAAAAUGUAGAAUUUAGCACUUCUAAUGACACCCAACCUAGAAACUAAUAAUUAAAUUAGUAAUAGAUGUUUUCAAAAUAGAAUGAGAAAAUCUAAAAUGGAAAUUAAAAUGAUACCUAAGAAUAAGGUUAGGUAAUAACAAGAACAAAAAAUAAACUCUUAAAAAAAUCAGAUGCAUCCCAGUAAACAUAACCACUAAAAUAAGUGUUCUAGAUAAUAUUGGCAAAGAUUAAAUUAGCUGAAAAUGCCUUUAAUUCCUACCAAGCCUUUAGAACAAAUUGUAAAUUCUAAGAAUUUACAAAAUAAUUUGAAAUUCUUAAUUACCUUUUACAUUAUUACUAAUAUGCAUUGAUUGCAAAUGUAAGAUUACUUUUAAAAAACGAUAAAGGAUUAGAGGAAUGUUAUUUACAAACAGAAUUAGAUUAAAUUAUUGUGGCAAAUUCAAUUGUAGAUUAUUAAAAGUAAAAUUAAUAAUAAUUAAAUGAAAUAAAUGAAAUCUAUUAAGAAAAGCUUUAGAUUGCAGCAUAAGCAUCCAAAGACUUUCAAGAUUUUCUUGAUAGUAGAGCCAACAAUGGAGAUAUAAUGGAUUUGAUUAGAUUCAUAGAGGAAGGUAAGUUCUUUAGGUUUUUUUCUUACAUUGAUUUCUAUGAAAAUGACUUAAGUUCUAUAGAAUUGUUAAAGUUUUUUGGAUAUUCGAUUAAGUUUAUAGAGAUUGAUAUUAAAUAUCCAAUUAAUAAAUAUAAAGUUAUCGAUUCUAAGUAAGUCGAUUACUUGACUGACAAUUUAGAAACUUUGUAAGAGUUCAUUAAGAGUUAUAUGAAAGUAAAAUGA